AAACGAUGGCUAAACUUGACCUAUCUCAAUUUGAAAAAGUGCUGAUCACUCAUUUUCAUAAAUAGUUUUGUCUUAAUUCAAUUGCAACCGCACAUUUCACUCACGUAAGCUGAAUGUGCAGUGUGAGUGAAAUUAAUCUUCUUAUGGAUAACUAUAUAUAGAAUGUGGCUACCGGUAUUGACCAGUAUUAAUACGCUUUGCCCUUUUCUCGUUGUGGGGCAAAGAGUCCAAAAGCUACAAAUUUGCACAACCAAAAAAGCUUGCGUUGCAAUGACGCCGAUUAGUCGCAUACAAGCAUUCGAUCAGUACAAGUGCAAGCGGCGCAGCUGCAAUAAUGUCAGUGGGCAGCUUAAUUGAUAGUCUGGAUACGGAUGCAGAUGUGGAUAAUGUGACUAAGGCACAUGAAGAGGGAGUGCAGGAAUUGCGCAAUUGGUUGGAUGCUAACCCCGAAAUAAAUGGAUGCAAAACCUAUGAAAGCUUGUCUUUCUUUCUGCGCACAUGCAAAUUCGACUUGGAGCGCACCAAGAAGAAACUGCAAGUGUUCUAUCGAAUGCGUGCGGAGAGAAGCGAGUGGUUUGACAACUGCGAUCCCAUGCUGCCCGAAAUACAGGAGCUGCUGAAGCUAGGGGUGUUUCUGCCUGUCGAUGGUGUCGAUGAACACAAACGAAAGGUGGUCAUCAUCCGCACUGCGGUCCACGAUCCCAAGCGUCACACACAGAACAACGUAUUUAAGACUAGCAAAAUGAUAUUGGAUUUAUUGCUAAAACUGGAGCCAGACAAUUGUGCACGCGGCAUUGUGGCCAUCAUGGAUAUGGAAGGCGUGCAAUUGGGUCAUGCACUCCAGUUAAAUCCCAAGCUGAUCAAACGAUCCGUGGAGAGCUGGUCAGCUUAUCCAUGCCAGCCCAAGCUACUGGAAUUCACCAAUGCGCCGCGUCACGUCAACAUAUUUCUUAACACCUUUCGCGUCUUUAUGACAGCAAAGAUACGAUCCCGUGUCGUUGUUCGACGUGCUGGCACAACGGUCGUGUGUAAACAGCUGCCAAGGGAUUUGGAUGGACAAGGUGCCAGCUACAAAGAAUUGGCUAUGAAGUGGAAAAAGUUGCUCGAGACUCAUGCUGAAUUCUAUGUGGAGCAAGGCAAAUACAAAAGCGUACUCAAGUAAAUUGGAGCGUUCAAUUGGCGUACGCGAUUAGCGUGUGAUUAACCGAAUGUGAUUAGAAAUAGUACAUAUAAUAAACCUAUAUAUGCAUAUAGUAUAUGUUGAAUGCGUAGAUAAUAGUAGACCGGACACACAUAUGUACAAAUGCCUUUGUGUUGUAAUUAAGGUUUCGGUUAGACAUACAUAUAUUUAAAUAGUUGAU